AACUCGGAUUUUCCAACUUCCUACUAUGAAAAUUGCAACUCCCAUUAAAGUCGGAAUUUCAACUGGGAAGUGGAGCAUUUGGCAAUGGGAUGUAUUCAUAGUCGGAGAUAUCCAGUAGGAAUAUCCUGCAUCCGAAAUGGAGCAUAGGCUACUGAGUGACAAAUGAGAAAGAUGAGUGUGCCAUGUGAACAAUCAAGCGUCAAGAGGGGGAUGUUUACAUGAUCUUUAUAUCAGAUGCCUGACUAUAUCUGUUCCGAUUGCGUUAAGAUCUGUGCUGGGUUUUAGAUCCGAGUUUGCGGGAUUUCCUGACGGGUUUAUUUAUUCAGUUGUAACGUCUAUAUUCAUAUUUUGUAUAUCGAUUGCAUAGAGACGCUAGUACAAAUGAUGUUUUAGAAACGUUUGUGUGUGUGUGUGUGUACGUUUUUUGCACAUAACCGGAAACACUUUUGUUGUGUGUUGCGCAUGCGCGAACUGUGUGAGGCGCAGGUGGUUAUCAUAUUGGCUUUGGCAGCUCCAGUUGCAUUUAUAGUGAAUUAUACUAGAAUGACACCAUUAACCUCAUAUUUUCAUCAUUGCCAUCUAUCAAAACAAUGGAUUUACAUGAAAACAGUCAACCGGCGAAGCAUAUGUCACUCACUUAUAAGACAUGUUGCCACUGUGGUCUCGGGGACAGAACUCGCUCGUCAGAUCCAUAAAGAAGUCCAGAGUGAUAUUGCAAAGCUAUUGGCCCAAGGCAACAGAAGGCCUCAUCUUAGUGUUAUCCUAGUGGGAGAUGAUCACGCCAGCCAUACUUACGUGAGAAACAAGACCAGAACAGCUUCAUUACUUGGCAUGUCAAGCAGCACAAUUUUCAGGCCAUCAUCAAUAUCUCAGGAAGAGGUGCUGGAACUGAUAGACAAAUGUAACAGAAACAGGGGAGUCAGUGGGUUAUUGGUCCAACUCCCUCUUCCAGAGCACAUCAGUGAGAGAGCUGUAUGCAAUGCUGUCGCCCCAGAAAAAGAUGUUGAUGGAUUUCACAUAGUUAACAUUGGGAAACUCUGCUUGGAUCAGAGAUGCAUGGUGCCGGCCACAGCAGCGGCGGUGUGGGAAAUCAUCCGAAGAACGGGCAUCGAUACAGUUGGAAAGAAUGUGCUUGUUGUUGGACGUUCCAAGAAUGUAGGAAUGCCGAUUGCAAUGCUGCUACAUUCGGAUAGAAAUCAUGAACGGCCAGGAGGUGAUGCCACAGUUAUCAUCGCUCAUAGGUGCACUCCUCUACUACGACUGAAGGAGCUCGCCAGUCUGGCUGACAUAGUGAUUGCAGCUGCAGGUGUACCUCACUUAAUAACGGCAGAUAUGGUAAAAGAGGGAGCUGCAGUUAUUGAUGUUGGCAUCAACCGUAUCCAGGACUCCUACACUGGUAAAAUUCGUCUUGUCGGAGAUGUGGAUUUUGAAGCAGUGAAGGAGAAGGCUGGAUUUAUCACUCCUGUACCUGGUGGAGUCGGCCCAAUGACCGUCGCCAUGGUGAUGAAAAACACAGUCACUGCUGCCAAAAAUGCCCCAACAUACUGACUGAACAAAAACCAGAAACAACUAUUAUACAGUAUGUGGACAAGAUGCAAGCAUUGUUUUAAAGUCAUUUCAUGCACUCUGGAUAACUUUGAUUGGCACUAUUUGUCCAUAUCUUGAUUAUAAACACAAGCCCCUGCAAGCUUCCAUUAUGACAUCCUUCCCUGCCCAUUAGCACGCUGGAACAGGUCUCUUUUUAGCUGGCAUGGCAGCCAUGCAUGUCUCUGACUGUAACUACACCCUCGUGCUUUUCUUACCACUGUAAUAAAGAUUAGGUUGAUAAGUCCUCACAUGGAAGCUGUUGCCUUUGCUACAGUGUUUUUAUUUGUCAGAGCCAAAAAAAUAAGGAGGGUUUGCUAUAAAAGCGUAAUACCAUGUGCCUUCCUGCCAAUGCGUCAGUGAAAACGGAAGUCUUUUGCUUGUAUCAUGUUCAGUUUCGGUUGGACUCAGAGGCUUCAGGUGGCCUAAUGGCAGAAUAUUAUAUGGUUGUCUGAGAUCUGACAAAUGAAGCUGUUAGACACUGAUAUAAAAGAGGGGUACUACAGGAGAAUGACAAGGUUAAUACGUUUGCUUAGGAAAAAUAUUUGAAGUGUUUAAAACACAUAUGUAUUUAUUCAUCUACCUAUGCAUUCAGAUUAUUGUUCCUAUUUAUUUAGAAUUGUGUGUCUUUCUUAGGAACUUUAUAUAUUUAGCAUGCAUCUCUAGUUUAGUCAGCAGUGUAGUUUAAGGCACAUUGUUGUCAUGAAACACUAACAUUUAAUUUUCAUUCAUGUUGGAUCCUUUACAUCCAAGGAUAUGGUAAUAUGAUGUUUCCCUAUGACAUUUCAUGAAGUGGACAAUAUUAAUUCACUGUUCAUUAAAUGUCAAAUGUAACGUAGGAAUCUUUAGACCCGUAUGUUACUAAAUAUAUCACUUAAAUAUUCCAUAUUGCCUAUUUAUCUAUUUAUAGAGAUUUGUUGGUCACACUUCAGUGUUCAUGUUACUGUGUAUAGGUAAUUAUUGAGUAAUGCAAAUUAACUGUGUAAUUGCUAUUAUUAUUUUGUAGAGUUGCUUGUACUUACUGUACAUCUUUCUAUUAUUAGAGUAAUUAAUAAUAGUAACAUAAUAUGUAUAGCACGGACCCUUUAUAGACAUUAUUUGCCAGAUUUUGUACACAAGGAGAAAUAUCUUGGGUUCUGUAUGAACCAUCUUUAUGAAAAAAAAAGUGAUGGCUUAUAAUGUGACUCUGAUACUUAACCUCAUCUCAUCUGAACCUUGGUGAUAUGGCAGUUCCUGAAACAGAUCUUCCAAAAUAUUACUUAUCAUUGCUACAAAGGUUGUUGAAUAAUUUGUAGCUUGUUCGUGUGACCGAUAUAGUGUGUCCACCAGCUAAAUAUGUCUAAUUAUUGUCACAGCAAAUACUUCAUAAAAAGUGUAAAAUAUGCAAGUGUAAAAUACAUCAGAAAGAUCAACUUAAAUUGAAAGAUAAGAGUGGCACUCUUAGAAGAACAUACCAAACAAGAUACUUAUUUUUAGGAACUCCGGUAUGAAGUUUGAUAGUUAUGAAUACCCCUUAUCUUU